AUGACCUUCCCGCACUCGAUCAUCUUUUCCAAGGCCCUUAACCAUAUGUCCCAGUACCCGGCAUUGGGAACGCUCGUUCGUCGCCUCGAUUUCUCCCACUUUACCUCCGUCGGACUGGGCCGGACGAAGCAGAUGAACGCCGAGAUUCAGAAUUUGACCGCGACCACGCUCUUGAAAUGUUUGGAUCUGCUGCCUAACCUGAAGGAAUGCUUGCUGCAGGAGCACGUGGAGGGCGAUAUCAGCGUGGAAGUGAUGCAGAAGCUGUUUACCGGCCUGCCCAACCUCUUUGCGAUCGAUCUCUGCGGUUGUUCGACGCAAUCCUUCUCGGCCGUUUUCCAACAGUCGCUCUUCAGUCUACCCUUGACCAUGCCGAACCUGAGGCGGAUCUCGAUGCACGAAUGUAGCAGCCUUCCGGCCUCCGCCUUCGAGACCCUACUUCCCCGCCUGGUGAACCUGACGCACUUGGACGUUACUCACACGCAGAUCAACGAGGCCGCCCUCUUCUCUAUUCCCGACACCGCUCGGAUCACGCACCUCAGUCUUUCCCGGACCAUUCGUCUGCGGGGCUCCCAGGUGGUCGAAUUUUUGACGACUCAUCCGGCCGUCACCGACUCGCUGGUGUUCCUGAAUUUGCUCACUGAUCCUACGCGCUACCGACUUCUGGAGGAGGAGGAUGUCAGCGCGCUGCUCCCGAAAUUGCCGUCUUCGCUGCGUUCCCUGAACAUCGGAGGUGCCAAGGUCACCUCGGCCCAUACACAGGCUCUCAUUCCCUUGACCAAGCAUCUUGAAGAAUUGGGCUUGGGAUCGGCCGAGUUGUCCGCACAGGACUUGAACGCCUUCUUCACUCCCGCCCCUCGAGGUGGCGAUGUAGCGAUUGAAGCCCUGGAGAACUGGGUGCCCCCAUCCCUGUGCUACCUCGAUCUUACGAAGGCCUCCCAAUUGACGUUGGGAACCGUUUUCAACACCAGCUCAUGCCUCCUCCUUUCGCAGCAAAGCUACCCACUCCAGGUGAUCGAAUUCCACGAAAAGCUUAUUGCUCCGCUGCGCGAGAGAACCAAAACCGCCAAGUCCUCUACCGGGUGGACUGUUCGCGAGCUUGGCCGCCGAGGAUGGUAUGUCCGGGACCCUGCCUCCAUGCCGAACGAGGUGACCGACGACGGCGCUCGAUCCUGGAAAAUGGGGGCCAGAUGGUGGGGAAUGAGAAAGAUCCCCGUGGCCGUCGGCGAUGUAGGCGGGAUCUACGGGCACUACAUGUUCAAGAAAUGA